AUGGAUUCGGAUCAUAAUUUCUUUGGAAUUGAGUCUUUGUUAUCUUAUCCUGGUCUUGAUUUUAUUGAUGAUAAGGAUGUAUCUGUUCCUGUGAAGCUUCCAAUAGUUUUCGCGGAGUCUACAGAUGCCCAGAAGGCUGUUCUUUUAGCGCCCCAGAAUCGGGACAUUGUGGAGGCCUCUUCUAAAUUUAAUUCAAUUUUAUGAAGCUGCACCAAAAUUAUUGACAAAAAUAUCAAAGACUAUGCUGAAUGGAGGUCAACGAUUGAGCACCAAACGAAUGAGAGGGGAGCACAAAUAUAGACUCUGACCACACGAAGUGCAUCCCUCCAAAUGCAGUUCAACAAGUACAUAAUUGUUAUGGUCAACCUUCCUUUAAAUUUUCGGAUAGUUUUAGAAGCGACAGGAAUUAUAAAACCUUAGAGUCUACAGACGAAGAGGUAGGAGUAGGAAACAUGGACUUUUUAGAUCAAACUUCUCAAUCAAGUAGACGGUCAAGCUUAGGAGAAUACAAAUGCUCAUUUUCAUUUAUAUCAACCAAAGGCCCAAACCGAAAAAGGAGACUGAUCCACUGCGGGUAUGAAAACUGAACUAAAAUCUUUUAAAAAACGAUGGAACUUCACUCAGCAUGUGAAGAUCCACCUAGGCUUAAGGCCUCAUGUAUGACCAAAGUGAGAGAAGACUUUUACUCAGAAGGCGAAUCUCUAUAAGCAUUUGAAAAGACAUCAGUAAAAAUAAAAAUACUUUAUUAUAAUUGAGAUCAUAUCUUGGAUCGGUCUCUUGCUUGA